CUCUCUUUAGCGGAAGAACAUCUUUAUCAAAAACUUUAACUAUGUGCAAUCCCAAACCAUUUCCAAAUAUAGAACUAAUUCACAUUAUUAUGUAGUAUUAUUUUAGUGUGUUACAUUCUAUUGUAAAACCAUAGAUUAUAAAUGUAAGUACACAGUAACUAAAUAUAUAGAAUGUUUGUUGUUAUGCUAUUAAUAUGGAUCAAUUUUUCUAUACUACUUAAAAAAACACUCUAGUAUAUUAUAGUUUGUCAAUGUGGAUAACGCGUCAAAAAAACGGUCAUGAACUUUAAAGAAACUUUUUGUCUAUUUUAGUGACAAAUUGACUCAUUAUGUGUAUAUGACAUUAACCUUUUUAUAGUGAGGGUAAACCUUCGGUCAUUUUGCCUUUAUCCAAAUUAUAAAAAAGAAUGAAUAAAAAAAGUCAAAACUAGUGUGCUGGGACGUUGCUUUUUCCGACCAGUGAUCGGGGUUUGGUCAACGUUUCAUGUGAAGUCUUCAUGCGCCAUUGAUUUGAGUGAGAAGUAGAAGAAGAAGAUAGAUUAAGCAUCCAAUAACCUGUUCUUUUUGGAAUAUCAAUUAGUGUGCAUUGAUCUUACAAAUACUAUUUACCAUCGAAAGCUUCCAACUCUUAGGGUUUUUGGAGCUUCGUCUUCCCUCAAAAGUUGCGACUUUCUCGAAGAUCAUAUGGAUGGCAGUGGCACUGAUACUAAUAUGAUGCAGAGAGCUAAUUCUUUAUCUUCCUCCAUCCCUAAACAGUCAAUUCCGAUAAGCACUAAUCAGCACUUCAGCACUUGGUAAAAUAAGAUCAUGUUAACAAAAAUAAAUUAGAGAUGUGUUUGGUUUAGUGAUCAGACCGAUUCUAGGAAUCUAUUAAUAAUAUAUAAAAAAUCGUAAAAAUACACCAACUAAAUUUUUGCUAUCCAAUUUUUGCUAUCCAGUUUUUAAUACCUAAAUAUUUUUGCUACUCAAUUUAAUAUUCAAACUAAUUAUUUUACUCAUUUAAUACAUUUACUUUUCAAAUUGUGCUUAUUUAAAUAUUCAAACUAUGCUAAUUUUAAUACCCAAAUAUAUAUAAUUUAUGUGAUAUACAAAAUUUAUAUAAUUUCCAUGUAUUCUCCUCUCUCUCACCUGUUAUGAUUUUCUUUCGGCGACCAAACCCUAAUCCCAAAAGAACUAAGCUUUUUUUAUUCAAUCUUAUAAUAAUAAAAUAGAACCAUAAAUUUCUUUGUCUCUCUGUCUCCUGCUUUAUCUGAGAAUUAGAAGAAUCAACGCAGGUUCGUUUUUUUUCUUUGUCCAACGAUAAGAUUAUAUUAAUAACAAAGUUACCAUGCUACAAGGAACAACCGCACUUCAUCUGCUCUAUACCACCAUAUAUACGAAGAAAGAAAGACUACAAAUCACCUACAGGAAGAAAUCAGCAAAAGACUCCAAUUCUCCAUCCAGCGUAACUCUUCUUCUUCCCAAAACAUUUGGCCGACACAUACAAACCUGAAGGCCCACUUAGAGGGAACGGUUUUCAUUAACAAACAAUUCAAAUAACCAAGGAGGAUGAUCAGCUGCAACAUAUGGCCGUACCAACCCUUGAUUAGUGACACUUUGAGUAGUGAAAGCCGCUCCUCUGUUUGCCUCACGCAAAACCACAAGCAGGCAAAGCUUCUUGAAGUACCUUUCCAAUUUCCGAAGAUUGGUAUUGAAAGGAAGGCCAAGCAUCCGGUCUAGAAACAGCUCCGAACAACUCCUCACAUUCAGCUGCAAAUACCACUUUAGACUGUCUUUGGCUCCCCACAUUCAUUUGUUUUCUUUCGUCUUCACUUCUUUUUCUUAGGUUUUUCUAAAAAAUUGGUAAUCGAUUCGAAAUCAAUAGAAAUUUAUUUUUAGAUUUUUUCGUUAACUCAUAUUUUAUAUGCAUAUCUUCUGUCGUUUUUUGUUUAUUGUUUUCUAUAAUUUCUUGUUUUUCUUAUUCACUUACAUAUGUGCUUUUAUGUUUACAGAUGGAUUCACCAUCAUCGUUAGAUUGAGAAACCAUAACAAUGAAGAUGAAUGUUAACCUGUUAAUGAUCGUUGUAUUUUUAGUAGUGGGGAGAUGCAACAAUCCCACAAUAAUACGAAUUUUGUCAUAUUCAAUUGCUUAUAUGGUUUAAUUCGUGUUGACGAGUACUCUAGUACUAUCAUGGACUUUCUAUUUCAGUAUCCUUUUAAGUUUUAAACUAAGUUUUGUUCAAAUUUGGUGUGUUAUUGAAAGAGUAAUUCAGUUUUCUUCAGAUUAUUUUGGUUAUUUUGGUAACAAAAUCCGAGACUGAACCGGAUCCAUUUCAGUAUCAGGUUUAAGCGGAUCUUCUUUUUUAAAUUCACCAUCUCUCUUAUAACCAAUAAAAGUGCCAACUAGAUAAUUAAUAAAAGUAUUAAUUUUAUUUAAACAAAACCAUAAAUAAUCAAAAAAAGAAAAUGAUGCCACUAACAAAACUGUGAAUCUUAAAUUCUAAACCCUAAAUCCUAAACCCAAACUCAAAACCCUAAAUUCUAAACCCAAAUUCUAUAUCCUAAACCUAAACUCUAGGUCAUAAACCCAAACCUUAUACUUUAAACCCAAAUCCUAAACCAUAAAUCCUAAAUCCAAACACUAUAUAUCCUAAACCUGAAUCCUAAACCCUAAACCCUAAACUCAAAAGGUUUGAAUUUGAGUUUAAGGUUUACGGUUUGGUUUAUGGUCUAGCAUUUGGGUUUGGGUUUAGAGUUUACGGUUUGGGUUAAGGGUCUAGGAUUUUGUUUUACAAUUUGGGUUUAGGGUUUAGGAUUUGGGUUUAUAGUAUCAGGAUUAGGUUUAAAGUUUACUAUUUGGGUUUAGGGUUUUUUUAGGCAUAAAAUAUUUUUCAACUAUUUUAAGUUUUGUAAACAAAAUUUAAUAUUUUUUAUUAAUUAUCUAGGUGGCACUUUGAUUGGUGGUAAAAGUGGUGGUGAAUUUAAAGGUUCACCAUAGGGGGCGUACCUACGUUUUUUCCAUUAAAACACACUUAACAAAUUUUGGUGGGUAAUUUUAUGAAAUUUUCUAUUAAUAAUAAAAUGUUCUUUGACAUUUCAAAAAAUUAAAUCCAACAUUUUGAAAAUCAACAAAUUUCGUUUAACAUUCCCUUUCUUGUGAUGUUUGUUCUUCAUUUAUACAGUUAACUGUAAUUACUGAUCUCGAUAAAAAAUGUAAUUCCAUAUCUUAAUUCGUAAUAAAACUUUUUGGCCACAAAAUAAUUAAAAGUUAAAUGCGUGGGUCCCAUGUGCGGAGUCAAUGUCACAUCCCCCUACACUUAAAAAAUAUAUUUCCCGAUCGUUUUAUGGAGAUUCCAUUUUUCUCGUUAAUGUUUUUUAUGGAAAUUCAUAGACUCAGAGUAGAAGAGAGAUUGGUAGAAAAUAAUUUUUUUAACACCUUCUCUGGAUCUCGAAAUCCAGCAGUAUAAAAACAUUAAUGAACAUUAGUUAAACAAGUGGAUCAAGGAGCUUGCACGGAAAACAAAUUUUGACAUUGAAGAUAACUGGACAAAGAACUUAUCCAGCCUUUUGGUGGCUCAUGCGAAAGUGGAAGCUGACGCCACUAAACCGUUCCCUACUGUACUGGAGCUUGUUCGCCAGAGUGGUGCUACAUUCCGUGUGGAAGUGGAAUACCCAUGGCUACCUCCAACAUGUUCUCAUUGUAAGGAGCUUGGGCAAAUUCUAAAGGACUGUCUCGAGAUCAAAAGACAGUGGGUCCCCGUAAACAAAAAAAAGGGAACUCGAGAGGCCUCUACAAAUUCUGAUCAGGUUGUGGUUACCAUCCAUGAACCCAACUCGAGUGCUACUACCCCUAUUGAGGAGCCAGUAGAUGUCUCGCCAGAGUCUCAACCCCCCCCCCCUCCCUUUUGCACCAUUGAAAACGGCAUGUCGUUAUUAAAUAAUUUUAGAAUUUAUUAGAUAGGUUUUACUAUUAAUUUAGAAGUUAUUAAUACCGUGGAAACUUGCGUUUUGAAUUAACAAUAUAUUUAAAUUAAAUAAUAAUAUUGCAUAAAUGUUUUUAUAGAACCCAUGCUCGUAUGUAAUAAAGAGCUUAUGCUGCAGAUUCGUGUAAUUAUCUUGCAAAAUAUAUUUUUGCAUUGGUGUAUUAAUACUUUAAAAUAAUACCUUUUACCGUACAAAGGGAAUCGUUCAAAAUUUUCAAAUAUCAGAGUGUUCGUUUAUUCAAAUAGCUAAGUAGGAGUAAUAUAUAAUAAUAUGUUUGCGCUAUUAUAUGAAAAAAAGGAAGUUAAGAACACUAUUUAUCGUGAAAUCAUGGACCUUAAAAAAUAAAUUGAUGUAAAUGGGUAAAGCAAAUAAUUAUUUCUAUGUUUUUUUUACUAAAACAUUAUUCAUAUGUUAAAUGCUCAGUAUAUGGUUAUCAAAUUAGUGAAUUCAAUUUUGCAUUCACUGUAUAAUAUUAUACAUUUGAUAUGUACGUUCACUAUAAACCUAUUGGUUCAUCUAGUUUUUUUAGUUUUUACGGGCUAUUUUGCACAUUAAAAUAAAUAAAAACAUUUUAUUGGAUUUUCGAUACAUGUAAAUCCAAUUAAAAUCAUCGUUAUGUUGAUUUACAUUAAUUUUUUAUAUCGGCAUGAUCGGAUUGAAUAUCAACAAUAUCAUAAGAGUUGUUUUAUGAUGUAUUCAUAAGACGAAGAACACGAUAUUAUUUGUAUAUUAAAAUAUAAAAGUAUAUUGUUAAAAAUAUUAUUUUUAAUUUGAUCUAAAGAUCAGACGACUAUAUUCCCGCAUGUUUAUGAAUUACACCAAAAGCCCAUACAAUCUCCAAGUUAAUGAAACGCCAUGUUUUGGACGCGAACAAGUGUGGCCUCCGCAGAUUUCGACUUAGUGAUAUGAAAUUCCAUGUGGAUGGUCUAGGAGUGAAAACAUAUUUUUUAUAAUAAUAGAUUUUGGCUUUCCAUUUAAUACACAACCAAUUUCAUACCAAAAUAAUAUAUAAACUUUUAUAAAUCGCAAGUUUUACACCUCCAUGACGUCAACUGUCGCUAGUUUAAAGAAGAAAAAGUUUCCAAAAAUACCUCAUCUAAUUUUCGUUUGCUAUAAAAAAAUAUAUAAACAAUUUUGGUUCCCCGUUUUAUACCCACUCUAUUUUUCGAUACCCAAUUAAUACCUAAACUUUUGAAAAUCAAAGUUUUACAUCAAAAAAAAAUAAAAAAAAAAUAGAAAGAGAUGAAAAUAAAACUGCAUUACACUGCAUACAUAAAACAAUGUAAAUUGAAAACAAACCAAAUGAGCUGACAAAUAAAGUGAGCAUUGAAUUUCCAUCCAAAUACAAAUUCCAAGAUAUAUAUUACAAAUCUAAACUAAAACUCUUAACAAAAAAAUAUUUCUUUAGAAAGAACAUGACUUACCAAAAUCAAAACAGCUAUCUCCAAAGGUUCUCCCACUUCUCUCUAAAGUAAAGUUCUUCAGAAGCUUCAAAUCUAUUCCGGAGUUUCGGAGUUUCCUCUUUCUUGCGGUGGCACGUGCACGCGCGUCUCAAUCAACUCAACAGUAUAAGAUCAAAGGAUGGUGUCUUGGGUGUGUGCAUGUGAGACGCAUGUCUUCUUAGGUGUUACGCAAAUUAGUAAAUUGAGUCAAUAUAUUGGAUUUAGUUUACUUUUGGGCUUUUCAUUAAAUCAAGUUGUAAUGGAGGGAAUAUGGGUUUUUCUAUGCUUGUACUAUGUCCUAUUGAAUUUCCUUCAAUGAAAAUAAUGUUGACAAAAAAAAUUCCCUCCAAACGUUUUUUUUUUUUACGCAUUUACUAAACCAAGUUAGUUAGUAAACACAAACUGAAAAUUUAUAGGUUUGUUUUUCUGAAUCAAAAUCAAAAAAAUCUUUAAAACAUCACUAAAAUGACGAAAUAUCAAGUGCAUAUACUCGUAAAGUUUCGGGCCUACUUUGCCUAAAAUCUCCUAAAGACAAUAAAUUAUGAGAUACUCCUUUUAUGGGUCAUUGUUUUCUUCUCUUAUAUAGUUUUAAAAAAAAACUUAAGAGAUAACAACAUCACCUAGUUAACGAGAUAUCAAACACAUCAUAUACUUUUGAUUUUGAAUCGUCUUGCUUAUCGAGCACAUCAUCUACUCAUUUUGUAAAUUAUAUUUUUCCACUUAAACUGUAGUUCAUGUGGUUAAUAAUAUCAAUUAAGUUAUAUCAAUUUUUUUUUAAAAUGUUGAUGUCAUUAAUUUUACGGUUUAAAAUUGUAGAAGAAUUUUCUAAGAAUACAUGGAGUAAUUUCUAUUUUUUAUAAUAAUAGAUAAACUACUUUGGCUUCCUGUUUAAGAACAACAUAUUUUUGAUACCCAAUAAACUUUAAAAAUCGAAAGUCUUACACUACCAAACAAACGAUGUUUCAAGGAAUUUGUUAAAGCAAUUGACAUCGUCAGUUUGGAAGUGUAUUACUUCGAUAUCGGAAAAUAGGUUGUGUAUUUAACAGAACAAAAAUAGUUUAUGUAUUAUUACAACAAAUGGAAAUUUAGUUCAGAUAUUUUUAGAGAAUUUUUCCUUUCAAAAUCACCAGAUCUCGUUAAACAUUCUCAAUCUUGUGAUCAGUAACGGUUUUCUCUACUUAAAUUUAUUUAUUUGAUAAGAAAAAUAUUCAUAAAUACAUACAAAAUAAUAAAACAACAAAUUAUGUAAAUAAGAUGAUGAGAAAAACGACCAAUGUAAUUCUUGCCAUCUUUAAAUCUUUGUCACAUUAUGAACACUAAUUCUAUUUGUUGUAUUACAUCGUCUUUGUUGCAAUUUAGAUUUUAUAUAUAUUCUUCAGGUUUAGAAUCCAGGGGCAUUUUCUUCAUUUUACGGUUGAUCUUAAUUCGUAAUAUAACUUUUUGGCCAAAAAAAGUUAGCGGUUAAUAUGCGCGGAUCAGAUGUGCGGAGUCAAUGUCGCAACCCCCUACAAGUAGAAAAAUGUUUCAUCUGUUUCAUAAUAAGUGUCGUUUAAAGUUUUUCCACAUGAAUUAAGAAAAUUGUUAAAUUUUCUAUUUUAACACUAUCUAAUAUAAUUUUUUGUUUUGCUCUUUAGUUAAUGAAUUAAAAAUAAGAAGAAAAAAACAGAAAAUUAUUUAAAAUAUGCAUUUCAAAUGUAAAAGGACGCUUAUAAUGAAAGAAAAUUUAGAAUCUAAAAUGACACUUAAUAUAAGAUGGAGAGAGUAUAUUUUCCGAGCGUUUCAUGGAGAUUUCGUUUUUUCGUUAACGUUUUCGUGGAGAUUCGGAGUAGCAGAGAGAUUGGUAGAAAACAAAAUUUUAACAUUGAAGCUAACUAACUACCUCAAAUAUCAUAACAAAAUCUAUUACUUGUAAAUAGGGCUAGGCACGGAUUGAAUACUACCAUAAUUUUGAGUAUUUGUGAUUUUUUUCGUACUUAACGAAUAUCUAAUUUUCUGAUGUUCUUUGGUUCAAAAAAAUAUAGAUAUCCAGUUUUCCGGAUAUCCGAAAAAUUUACAGAUAUUUUUGAAUAUUUACGGAUAUUUAUGGAUACAUCAUCCACUUUGUUCAGUACAAGCUAAAUCUAGAAAAAACUAGAAGAUAUUGUUUUCAAAUAAUAUCUUUUACAUAAUACGGAGAAUGAAAUUAAAAAAGUAAACAUUAAUAAGACUAUAUGUUCCAUAAAUUUUUAAAAAUAUUUAAAAUCUUUUAUAAAACAUAAAUUGUAAUGUUAUAAGAAAAAUUAUAUUCCUUUCUUAAUUUAAUAAUUUUAAAUAUUAAUAAAAUUAUAUUUAAAUUAUAAUUAUAUUAAAUUAUACAUUAAAACUUCUAUAUUCAAUUAUAUAUAUAUAUAUAUAUAAAUCUGAGCGGAGUUGAUAUCCAAGUCUAAAAUUUUAGUAUUUGUGAUUUGCUUCGUUUUUAACGGAUGUUGAUUUUUAAUAUUUGCUUUGCUUCGAAAAUUUAAGGAUAUCUGAAUUUUUCGUAUCAAAUUGAAACGAAUAACAAAUCGAAUCAAAAUAAAAUGUUUACCCCUACUUGCAAACUGAUUGGUACAAGAGGAAACGUGUUGCUCGCUAAUUGGUCUGGCUUAAAUAUUCUGUAGCUAAUAGUCAACAAUUACAUUCUUUUAAAAAAAUUACAUUCCUUUAAAAAAAAUUACAUUCCUUUAAAAAAACAAUUACAUUCUUUUUUUUCCCUCAAACACACUUAUUAGUGAAUGACACUUGUAAAGAACUUUAACUGUGAUGAUGACAAAAACAUAUAUUUUCAUCUUGACCAAUACAAGAUUCCUAACUAGUCUCUUUUGUCUUUUUUCUAUGAUGACAAAAAAUAUAUUUUCAUCUUGACCAACACAAGAUUCCUAACUAGUCUCUUUUGUCUUUUUUUUUCCUAUCUUUUCGGAAAUGAACAGAAACCGUAAAUAUAAAUACCUAGCUCGUGCAAGUAUCAUGCAACAAAAGCAUUUUCGAAAGCCAUAAACUAUUUGAGGUGUAAUCUCCUCUUCCUAGCUCUGGUAUAUUCUUUUCUUUUUUUUUUGGUAAAACUCUGAUACAUUCUUACUAAAUGUUUCAAUGAUUUUUUUCUUUCUCUAUAAACUAACUGAUGAUGACACUUAUUUUGAACCUUUUAUGAUUCUAGUCAUGUAUAUAGCAUGCUAAGUUUAUUUUCAAGAGUUAUAUGUAUAUUUAUGUAACCUUUUUAGCCCUAAUCUGUCGAUAUGAUGCAGAGACUCGACGCCGUUCUUCGUCUCCGUAUCGAUGGAUGGUCACGCCGAUAUUCCUCCUUCACACUCCGGUCUCAGCCAAUACCCGAGGGCUAACCCUUUUGGUGACGAGAGUUCCAAUAGAGCAACCAUGCCGCCGCCUAGCGGAAGCUCACUCCCACCCUUUCCACCGACAGGUCAGCCAUUCCAGUUCGGGUCGCAGAAUUUCAUCCCCGCGGGAUCAAGCCCCUCGCAGUGGAUGUUAUCUCAGGUUCCACACACGAUGCUCGAGUCCUCCUCAGUAGGCUCAGGGAGUAGUCAGCCGGCGUCUGUCUUCUCAGGCCUGUUUAAUGCAGAUCAACUGAGUAAGAUUGCUGCCUCUGACGAACUGAAAGAGAUGGCAGAAUCUGAUCCUAAGCAUCUCAAAAUAACCUUGUCGAACCGGGAAUCAGCUGCACGUUCAAAGGCGAAGAAGGCGCUGCACGAGUCCGAGUUGGAAGACAAAGUCGAGACACUUGAGACUCAGAUUGAUAUAUUGACUGCCGAGCUCAAGCUUGAGAAGAGAGGAAGAAUGACGGCGGAUGACGAGUGCGUGCAAUUUAGGAUUCGUCUUCAUGCAGGGGAGGCGCAUGCACGACUUCGUGAAGACUUGAUCCAACAAUUGAAUGGAGAAGUUCGUCGGCUAAUAGAAGAGGCGAGUGUGCAGAGAGAAGAGAUGAGUAGGCUAAGAGAAGAGGUGAGCGAAUACCGGAGGAGGGAAAGUGAGAGAAUGAACGCAAACAUGUUGGAUCAACUCAACAUCAACCAGCAGUUUCAAGAGAAGCCGCAGCAGACAAAUUAUAAUUUCGAAUGAAGAAUUGCAUCAUGAUGAUCAUGGAUCCAAGGAAGUGGCAGCUUUGGUAUCCAGUAUUGAUUGAAGUAGUAUAAAUAUAUAUAUAGUUUAAAAAUAAAAGUUGUUUGAGUUUAUAUAUUAUAUGUGCAAGAGAGUCAUGCUAAGAUAUAAAAAAGAAUCAAUCCGAACUUCGGAAGGAUUUGAAAAGAAAUUCAGACAAAUGUGAUCUCUGUGUAAUGUCUUUUCUCAUCCAGUUGAAUAAAAAAAAAGGAGACUGUUUUAUAA